AUGCUGGCGGUCGUGCUGUGUGUUGCGGCCUUGGGGCACCUCGUCCUAGGAGAGAACCCCCAGGUCACCACCUCCUAUGGUACCAUGAAGGGGCAGGUCCUCAAGUCUAGGGAUGGCAGGGACUUCUUCUCCUUUACCAGGAUACCUUAUGCUAAGCCACCUGUCGGAGAGCGGAGGUUCAUGAUUUCUGAGAAAGCUGAUAACUGGACUGGAAUAUUGGAUGCAACUCAACCAAUCCCAUCAUGCUUCCAGCUUAGUGUUGGGCAGGAAGACUGCCUCUAUCUCAACGUUUUCUCCCCCAACUUGACCGGAGGAUAUCCAGUCAUCUUCAACAUUCAUGGCGGUGCCUUUUUGGGAGGUUCUGCAUCUUAUUUCGGCUCUGCUAGGUUUUUUAUGGAUGAGGAUGUGGUCUUUGUCAAUCCUAAUUAUCGGGUUGGACCUUUAGGAUUCCUCAGUUUAGAAGACAACGUGAUACCUGGGAAUUACGGUCUCAAGGACCAAGCAUUGGCGUUGGAAUGGGUUUAUAAGGAAAUAAGUGCAUUUGGAGGUGACCCGAAUCGGAUUACUGUUGUCGGCCAGAGUGCAGGGGGUGCUUCAUCAGACAUUAUUUGUUCAGCUCCGAGGACCAAUGGUUACAUCAAAGCUUGUGUGUCCCAAAGCGGUGUCGGAUUGUCACCUUGGGCAUUCGUACCACCAGGACUAUCGAGAGAAAUGGCCUUGAACAUGGCGAAAACAGUAGGCUGCGCAGAAAGUAGAGAUCUCCUUAAAUGUCUUCAGAGUAAACCAAUGGAGCAAGUUGGCAUUAUUGAUGUGAUGAAAGAUAAUAACCAAAAGGUACAUCUCACAACUCCAGUUCUGGAACCUGUAGGAGCUCCUGGAGCAAUAAUUACGAGCUGGCCCACGGCUACGAACCACAAAUAUCCUUGGAUCAUGGGAGUAUGUCAGGAUGAAGGGUUGGCCAUGACCGGAGACUAUGAAUUCAAAAGAAAGAGCAAGGAAGAGGCAGAGAAGUUUAUAAACGAAUUUAAUCAGACCAUUAUCUCAACAUAUCAUUUAGAAAACAGACCUGACGACGUUAGAAGAAUAAGAGAGAGGUAUUUUAAGGAAGGCGUUGAGCCUCUUGUAGCUAUCCGCAACGUUAGUAUUUUCUAA